AUGCUCCACAACCUUCUGACAUCUCUAGCGGCCAUUCAACAGGGGACGCAUGAAGAGUAUCUCAGCAAACGGCAGGAACUAGAACUGGCUCGUGACUACGAGCUCACCAGACUCCGUCUAUGGGAAGAGUAUCAGGUGAAGCGAGUAGAAACAGAGUACAAAGAGGACAUCGCUGUCGCCAAGCAAACCUACGAUAUGAUGGUGAAGCUUCUCAAAGAAAAGUUUUACGACAAGCUUCAGAGGCAGGUGAAGCAGCUCAAGGAGGAUAAGCUUUUGCUCAAUUUGAUCAAUGCCAGUCUGUGGAGCCCAAACGGGAACGAUGCUACCGUGUCUGCACUUUCUGCAGCAGCAGCAGCAUCAUCUCUCACACUUCAUGACCGGCGGUCGCUCCGUAAACGUGAUUUGCACUCGCGGUUUGCCUCGGGAGAAGCUGAUGAUCUUUCCGAAAGUAACAUGAGCGGUGGAAGCGGUUUACGGACGGGAUCAGGACUGGCUGGCUAUAUCUCUGCAUCUGGGAAAAGAAGGCGUCACUACGCCACAAGAUAUUCCUCAAAUGAUGAAUCUUCGGGUGUGGGAGGAGCAAACGGAAUGAAACUGGCUGGUACUGCAAGUAGCGGUAAUGACAGCAAUCUUUCUGACAAAGACUACGAUGCAUUGAACCAGAUGAUUAUGAAUAACGACGAAGGUGUGCCGCUGAUGUUUGGCGCCCGCCCACGGCCUGCCCGCGGCUCCCACAAACAAUUUGUCGGUGUUCAAGGUUUGCGUCCAGACGAGUUAAAUUCUGACUUAACUUUGCUUCGCAAUGCAGUAAAGCGUGAACGGUGA